ACUUUCUCUUCUUUCAUUCUCCUAUAGGAAUAACAUGGAACGUAAACCUUUUUCGCUCCAACUCACUGAUCCGAAUACAAAACCCGAAUCCAGAUCCGUUUCAAAGAUGGACACGGACAGCUUCGACUUCGAGUUCCCCACUGUUAUUUCUAGUUCUGCUGUUCCAAACGACGUCGUUUUCUGGGGCAAGGUCAUAACUCGCGAAACCCAGCCUGUAGGGAAAAACCAAAGCCCAUUCCUAUUGAGAUCGGAAUCUUCUUCCUGUCGGCCCAACCGAGCUGCUGGCCCUGUCCGGUCGGUGUCGACCGGGGAGAACCGGUGGCGGAGAAGCGACAGUAACAGCAGUAGCCGGAAGCAUCGCAACGGUUUGUUUGGAAUGGUGAAGUUCCCGUUACAGAUGGAUUUGAGUGACAUAAAGACGAGGCAAGAGAGGAGGAAGCAGCCGCCGCGGCUGCCUCUGCCGAUGUCGGCUGUGGAGGAUGAGGGUGGAUCGUUCAGCGGCGGAGAGAGUUGUUGGGACUUGGUCCGACCGGUGAGGCGGAGGAGCCAGCUAAUGAAGGCCUUGUUUGGAUGCAUUCCGAUUGUUUAAUCUAAUCUAUUUAUUUAUUUAUUACUGUUUUUUUUUUUUUUUUUUUAACUUUCUUCUUCUUCUUCUGGGAUAA